AUGGCGAGAUCUCGGUCGUUAUCGAGGUACACAACUCCGGAGGCCCUGGGUCUACAUGAGACCGUGGCUCCCGACCGCUGGUGUGUGACGAGGUCAGACCUGCUCCAUUUGCGGCAGGAGGUCUGGCGUGCCAUCCAGUGUGGGGAGAUUCGUCCUCUUGAUGACAGUGACCCUUUUGAGCCAUCCGACGAUCAGUACGGGCCAAACAUCCACACCGUGAAUGCGCAGUACAUCAUGCCAGUGACGGAUGCGGUAGGCAAGGUUAGCUGGGCCCUGAUGUUGCAUCCGGCUGGCUUGGACUGCGACUUGUUCAUCAGCCAUGCCUGGCAGGAGGGUGUCUUCGAGUUCCUGUCCAAGGUGUUGCAUUCCUGGCCCGCAGGUUCACGACACGUCUGGUGCUGCAUGCUGGCCAAUCCGCAGAAUCUGGACAUAGGAACGUAUCUGCAAUCUCCCAGCCGGUCGCCCUUCGCGCGGGCACUCCAGGCCUGUACGUGCGUUCUGGUGGUGCCCAACCGCCACUGCAGCAUCUACACCAGGCUCUGGUGCGGCUACGAAGCCUACCGUGCCCACGAGGAGGAGAAGACCAUCUUUGUUGCCAGAGCUUCGAACAACAAGCAGCUGCUCCUUGCCAUCUUCUGGGGCAGCAUGUCAGGACUCCUGGGCAUGAUAUCUGGCUUUUGUUCGCGACACAUCAAGCUCCAGCCGAUUCCCUUGUAUGUCGUGGUGGCCGCCGCAUGUAUCAGCGCCAACAUCAACCACGAUGGCUGUCGCAAGCUCUUGAACAGGAUCGGCGCUUCGGCCGUUGGCAUCAUCUUCAUGGAUUGGCGAACGGUAGAGUUCGACCCUGAUGAUGACGGUGUUGCUGUGGUGCCUCCUUUCAUUGCCUUUGUGGAGCAGCGUUUGCUCCUUGUCGCUGGUUUGACUUUCUUCUUAUUGCUGGAGGUGGACCGCGUCAACGGUGUUGCCAAAAUGCAAGAAGCCAAACAUCUGAGUUGCGGGUUCACGGGCAGCAUCGUGCAGGCCACAUGUUCCAAGCAAGCGGAUGCAGAACGCAUUUUCGCUGAGAUUGGCCAGAAAACCGCCGAUGUCGACUAUGCCAUCCAUGUGCUUCUAACUGCGGGGAUGUCAUCGCCAAGGCUUCGGGAGAUUGCACGUCGCGGGGUGGAUAUUCGAGGCGCGGGUCACGCCGAGAUUGCUCUUCCUUUCGUUGCCCUUGUGCCCCUGACCUGCGUUGCCUUGUGGUCCAUAUACUGCUGCUUCGUGUACCUGCGCCACAAUGUUGUCCUAGGAUCUGUCCCCCUCGUGCUCAUCCACAGCGCCACCGUUGCGGCACGUCUUGGCCUUCUGCUCCUUCUGUGGCAGAGGCCUCGCGACGAAAGGUGCUUUAUCUUGAAGAUGAUGUCGAAGAUUGUGGCAGUCUACCUGAUUGUCUGCUGUCCCAUUAUUGGAGUGUGGGAGACUCAACCCAGAAAGGUUGCGCAGUAUCGAGCAUGGUUUGCUGUGCCCCUGGCCGCUUACACGAGCAUGCUCGCACUUGCCUGCGACUGGCUUGCUCUGGCAGUGGGUUUAGGGCUUAGGGUUUGGGGUUUAGGGUAUAAACCACACUGA